AUGUUGGACGCGCAAACACGGCGUCCCAGCGUCCAACGCAACGUGGAUUGGAUCGCCUCCUACUUCACCCCGGUCGUUUUGGUCGCAGCUGUGCUGACCUUGUUGCUGUGGAUGCUUCAGGCGGAAGAUAUGGAUGGGGUCACCUUUGCAAUCACCAGGGCGGUGAGUGUCUUGGUGAUCGCUUGCCCAUGCUCCUUCGGCCUAGCAACGCCAACUGCUGUGAUGGUGGCGACCGGUCUAGCUGCCAAGCAUGGCUGUUUGGUCAAGGAUGCCACGGUCUGGGAAAAGGUCUCGGCAUUGAACUGCGCCGUGUUGGACAAAACCGGGACCAUCACCAAAGGACGCCCCGAGGUGGUAGAGGUGGCACUCCUUCCAGGUGCCCAUGCACUUCUUCAGAUGGGUCUGGACGCAGUAAGGGCCGUAGGGCGUCCAGGGGGAGAGGGGACGCUGCUGGGGAAAUUCUUGGACACCCAGGAGGAGAGUGCUGAUGCCUCCGCAGUGAUUGGCUGGCUAUUGCAAGCUGUAGAGACCAAUAGCGAACAUCCCCUGGCAAAGGCCCUCCAAGCGUGGGCACAAGAGGUCCAUGUGGCGCCAAAGUACGCCGAGGCGGAGGACUUUCAGCACCGUCCCGGGCAAGGUGUGAGCUGCAGCAUCCCUGGUGUGGGCAAGGUGACGGCUGGUCGAACGCCAGACUCUUUGGAAACUCAUCAGCAGCUCUGGGUGAAGCGUUUGCAAGACGACGCUUGCGUGGUCGUGGCCCUGUCGCUGGAUGCCGUCGGCCCCUUGGCCCUGCUGGCACUGCGAGACCAACUGCAGGAUGGCGCCAGGGAGGCAGCAGCUGAGCUGCACC